UAAGUGUGCCUUAAAUGUCAUAUCCUACUAUCUAAGCUAUUCAUUGAAUGACGGAAUUGUAAUAUAAACGAGAUUUCUGAAUUGGAAGAACUGGAAGCAAUCUAUUAUUCAAGAUGUUCGAGGAGACUUUUCAAAACUUCACGAUAAAUUUCAACGCUUUAAACCCAAAAGUGACCUUUUCGGGUGGAGAUCUCUUGUCAGGUCAAGUGCUGUUUGAUCUCACUAAAGAAGCAAAGAUUCAGUCCAUAAUGAUGUCGAUGAAAGGUAAAGCUAGCGUGUUAUGGCACGAACAAAAUCGGGGUCCUGCUACCGGUCGUCGUGGUGGAGUAGGAAGAAAUAGGAGAAGACAAGGGGCAGCCAGAGGGAGAAGGAGAACAUACUCCGCCGAGUUAGAUUUCUUCAAUCUCUCCCAUAUCGUGAUGCAAGCUAACGAUGCAAGUGGUCACACAGUCUUACCUCCGGGGAAGCAUGUGUUUCCGUUUACAUGCCAGCUUCCACAAGGUGACUUCCCUCCGUCGUUUAACGGGACGUAUGGGAAAAUUCGGUAUUCCAUGGUUGUCGCCAUACACAGACCUUGGCAUUUGGCUAAAGAAUUUGAUACGGAGGUCCAGUUUGCCAGCCGCACGGAUGCCAAUCAUCCACAUCUUCGGAUGCCGCUCACAGGGUCUAAUGCCAAGACACUCUGCUGUCUUUGGUGCACCAGUGGACCAGUGUCCAUAAACGCCCAGGUGGAGAGGAAAGGCUUCAGCCCAGGAGAGACAGUGAAAAUUAUUGCAGAAAUUGGUAAUGCCUCCAGUCGCACGGUGACGCCGCAUGCUAAACUGGUCAUGGAGCAGAUCUGCUACACCUCUGGGAGGGCGAAGAGGAAAUACGUGUCAAGUGUAAAGUCGAGUAAAGACGGCCAAUCCAUUGGUCCCAACACCACGGAUGUACACAGUGAGAUCAUGCUUCACAUCCCAGAGAAUGCUGCCUUAACCAUUGCCAACUGCCAGAUCAUUGACGUUCAGUACUAUGUUAUGCUGUCUCUGAAGAUUUCCCGCAGUUCAGACCUGGAAGUCAAAUUCCCCAUUGCACUGUGCGGCAUUCCCUUCAAUCCCAAUCAGGCCCCUACUACUGUCCAACCUCAGAGCCAGCACCCUGGACAGUACCCAAAUCAGCAACCUGGCCCAUAUUCAAACCAACAAGCAGCUCCGUACCAAAAUCCACCACCAGGUCAGUACCAAAAUCCACCACCAGGUCCAUACGCAAAUCAACCACAUCAACCACCAGGUCCAUACGCAAAUCAACCACCAGGUCCAUACCCAAAUCAACCACCAGGUCCAUACCCAAAUCAACCACCGGUCCCAUAUGGAAAUCCACCACCAGGUCCAUACCCAGGCCAGCAACCAGGCCAGCCUCCAAAUCAAUAUGCGGCCCCAAACCUUGCCCAGAAUCCAGGACUGUACCCACCAGCUGGUUUCCAGGGUUAGUAUCACAAUUAAUACCCAUCACCUUACCUGCAGGUCUCCUCUGGUUCUGGGUACUCCACCUAAGUCAACGUUGACAUCUGUUACAGUGCAGAGGAGGAUGUGUUGUAUCAGUUGACAUCAGGUAGUAUAGAAGCCAAGUUUGCAGGUUGUUUAUAGAUGAGUUAUUGAUUGUAUAUGAAGGAGGUUAUCCAAAUAGUUACACUGUCUUCCUGAAACAGACGUAAUCACCCUCUCUUCCUGAUCUCACUGCAUGAGAAAGGUAAGAUUUUCUGAUUCAUAUCUAAGGACAUAUCUUGUUAUCCUGAGACUUCUUGGACUGAACUCUGGGGUUGAUAACCAUAUAAAACAUAUUUACUUGUCUGUGUAAACCAGCGACAUAACUGGAUGCUUCAUUGUACUUCAAUCUUUUCUUUGCUUUAUACAUUUCUUCUUGAAUGGAAAAUAUUUUAUGAAUUUUAUGUUACAUUACCUGAAAGUGUACUUUAUGAAAAAGCUUAACAAAGCCACACUCAAACCAAUGCUAUACUUGAUUUUAAAACUUUUAACUAUAACUUUUUUUGUGCUUUUUCCAUUUUUAUGAAUGCCUAUGGCUAUGGAAUUUAGCAGACACUUUUGUCUAAAGCAACUUACAAAAUAAAACAAUAGUUAAAA